AGGUGUGCUAACAUCAAAGGGGGGAUCUGACAAGGACAUUACCAUCAGACUGGGAAAAGCUACAUUUCAAUUCAGAAGGCUCAAUAAAAUCUGGAGAUCAUCAAAAUUUUCCAUCCAAACAAAGUGGACACAAAGAAGAUGGGUGGGGUGAGGUGAUACAUCCGAAAAAUAUCAGCUAAAUUAACAAAAUAUACGGAGAGGAACAUCUGUAAUUUUCCAUCUCGCCAUUUUCCAGCCAUUUUGACAGUGCAUUCGCCAACACAUGUCCUGUACUGGGUGUAGAUGGUGUACAUCAAUAAGUGUACAACUUUGCAGGGGUACACUGUGUUAGUCUAACACUAACCCGAAGUAAAAAUGAAAGUACGAAUACGAAAUUGCUAACGUACAACUUGACUUUUUAAACUGGUGGUCAAGAACCAGUAAAACUAUGGACGCAGUUUAAUAAAAACCAGACCAGACGAAAAAAAUUAUCAUAUUUGCAGCAAGAUGUAUCGGGCCUUGUACAAUUAUGAUGCCAAAACGAAGAAUUUUGACCUGUCGUUUGAAAGUGGUGACCAGUUCACUGAUUUAGAAAAGAGAGAGGAUGGAUGGUUGCUGGUUCAGAACGGAUUUGGAGAAAUUGGUCAUGUACCUGCUAGUUAUGUAGAGAAAGAAGACACUUCAACAUUGGCGGAGAUCCUGAGUUCUAUAGACAGAGCAAUACAGAAUAUUCACUAUCAAGCAGCUGCCACAGGCUCCUACUCUCAUCAACAGAGGGAGAAUUUAAAUAAACUUGGGCUUCAUAGGCAUCAUGUGUUGAAAGAGCACGGACCACAAUCCAAUCCUGAACACUAUUUGUUAGAAUACAGCCACAGCGACUCGGGAUCAGAGACUUCCAGUCAUCAUAGCGGACACAGCACGCCAGAAAAACACUGGCAUAUCACUGAUGCUCUGAAGAAGAGACACACCAAGAGACACGCGCCUCCACCCCCAGAUGCCCCACCGGAUCAACUCUCACACCCCCCAGAAGAUCACGGUCCAUGGCCCCACCAUGAACUCCAUGGUAAAACUCACGACUCACAAGAGUCAAUGAAACACUCAAGUCGCCAUUCCUCAAAGGAUUCGAUGAAGCAUUCAAGUCCACAUUCUUCCCAGCAUUCCCCCAAACAUAAAGGUCAUAGUCCUCAUACAUCCCAAGAGUCAACAAAGCUUACAGCUCACCACUCCGCAGAAACAGGAGCAAGGGUUCAUACGGAAAACACAGAGGAGCAGGACAAUGGCUGGGUGCAUGUAGAGGACACUUGCGGUCAACCACUGACCAGUACGGGAGGGCUCAGUGUGCCUACUUCUGAUGUUGGUCCUUGCGUGGACACAUGCGACAGUGUAGGGUCAUCCGAUUUUUCAACCGGACCUUCCAAUCUGUUAUCAGCGUCGGAUAACAAAAUGCUGAAAUCUGAGAGUGUGAUAUCUUUGUCUUCUCGUCUGUCCGUGUCCAACAGCCCGGUGAAACAGCUGGACAGACCGAGUGUUAUAAACCUCAGCACCAUUCCACUGCCGUCUAACCUGGCUACAGAACUGGUGGGAGAGGUGAGGAGACACACAGACCUGAGCUACGAUAAGUCCUGUCUGGCUGUCGAGGUGGUCCUCACUCACAUCGCCAACAAGAUGCCACAAACAGCGGGACUCAUGGAGAAAAUACUCUGUACAUUUCAAGAGGCCAGCACUGCGUCUGAAGAUGACCUGAGCCACGAUCAUGUCCGCAUCAAAGAACUGCUGGACCAAAUCACGGCAUGCAAGGACGACUCGCAGCAGAGAAGUUGGGCUCUUCACGAGGAUCAACAUAUCAUCUCGGGCUACCUUGAAGAGCUGCUGUCUAUACUGGAAAAUGCCAAGCCCUCCACCUGCCGCCAUGCUGUAGCGUCGGACGGCUAUGAUUGUAUUCACAGCUUGGUGCAGUAUUAUCAGAUGGAGGUUCGAUUGCCGUUAAGAUUGUCCUUGCUGAAGGUAUUCGGAGCUCUUUGUGGUCUUGAGUCCUCCAUUAUUUCUCAUCUCCUGUACUCCAUAUUACCUCUAGAACUGGUGUCAGAAAUCUCAAACCAAAACCAAGAUGCUCAGAGACUAAGUUACGUAACUCUGGUGUUAACCAUGAUAUAUUGUACCGGUGAACCUGUACCUGUUAACCUUCAUGAAACCAUGAAUGAGGACUUCCUAGAUGAUGUUUUGGAGAUGAUAGAGAAUCCAGUCACGUCUGACCAUGAUGACCUGUGUACCGACCUACUGGUCAGUUUGUUACUGGCCUAUAAUCUCCACUUCCCAUUCCAGGAGACCAAUGACAUAAUGACUGUACUAGCCAAGAAAGGAACGGUCAAGGUCUUCACAGAGAAACUGCUGCAGAUCUUCAAUAGAGGAGAGGACCCUGUGAAGAUGUUCGACCACCAAACUUAUCCUGUACAAUCCCAGUUGAAGUUUAUGAUUGACAUGUACAGUCAAACUGGCACCGCCUCCCUGCUGUAUGUGAACGAUGCCAAGGUCUUGAUAGACAUCCUGAUAAGGCUCCUCACAGAUCUCCAGUCAGGGGACAAGUUGAGAUCGUCCAUUCUGAUCCUUGUGAAACUCCUUGUGAAGAAUUCCGAUUAUUUUGAACACCAGCACAGACUGACAGAACUGUGUGAGUGUUUGAUGGGCAUCAGGAAGGAAGAGGACAAUGGCACCACACAAGACAAGAAGGAAGUGGAGGCCAUCCUGCAAGAAUUCAACAAGCACAUGUAGGAAAAAUGGAAAUAAAUAUGUGAAGAGGGUGGGUGGGGGGCAUAUUUUGUGAGAGAAACAGGAAACAGGAAGCAGAACUCUUCUACAACAGUAAAGUUUGAUAAUGAAUUUAAUUAUCUAAACACUUCUACAACAUAGGUUUGUGCCAAGUUUCUAUUUAUACAUACCAAAUUACAAUUUUGGUAUGUUAGUCGCUCAUUUAAGAAAUGAAUUUUAAUCUUAAAAAUACAUGUGGGUAUGGACUGUGGUGCUUCACACCAGCUUACUUUAUGAAGUACGUGUGUUGGCAUUUCAUAAGAGGUAUGCCGACAGAAAGCAUUGCAGUUCAUACAUGUACCAUCAUGUAUUUUGAAAAAUGAAAUUCAUCUCUUAUAUUUACAAUCUGCUUUCAAAUCUGUCAGAUUUCCCAGCCAUUGAAAUUGAUGUACUGUAUUUAUCAAGAUACUUCUGUGCGUUGUUAGGUACUGCAGCGUGUUGAUAAGGAAGUUAUUACAGUCUGUUAGGAUAUCAAAGGCAAAAACAUUGGCAGUAUAAAUAUAUGCUUUUGAAGAUAGAUUUUUACAACAGAAUUUCAUGCUAUCUCUGUAUUUAAAGACAACAAAUCGUAAUUUUGGAAGGAUAGUCCCUCGUGCUUAUGAAGAUAGAGAACAGGGUGUUACAUAAUUAUACAUUUUGUCCAGAUUCAUAAAAUGCUGGUGAAACCAUUUUAUCAUUUGCAGAUGAGGAUGUCUAUAGAACCAUUUGUUGUUGUGUGCUUUGUUCUGCUUAAUGUAGUGUCUAAUCAAAGUGGGCGUGGCAAUAUGUGUAACUAUUUUUGCCCUAAACAUAAUUUGCACAUUAUUGUGUUACUACAUGUAUAUACAUAUAUUACGGACUGCUCUGUUUUCACGUAAUCAUGCAUUACGCGAGCAGGGCUGGUAUCAUUUUUACUCUACAAUGUGUUCAUUAUGUGUGGAACUGGCUUGUCGAGAUUAGUUGUUGCUGAUAAAUGCUUUAUGUACAAGAUAUUCUACACUGGGGUCACGGGGCUGGACUAAAUUCAUUUUGUCACGGAGAGCCAUAUUAAACACGCAUACCAGUUCUUGUAAGAAAUAGGGCGUAGACUGAGCUCCUGUGGUUGAAAUACAAUACAUGUAUCAAUAUAUGUAAGGAUAUUUGUAUCGCAGAUAUCAUUCAUUCAGGGUAUUUUAAUCUCUUGCCGUUGUGAUUACCAUAGUAAUAUAUAAAGAAAUAACACAUAUACAAUGUACUUACUAUUUAUCCUGAAACUAGUCCAGUUUUUGUUCUAUUUAAAAAUCAUAUUCCAAUGCUCAAAAUUGUAUACUGUAUAUACAUUAUGUACAUACAUUUUACUUGGAAAAUGUGGAGGUAAGGUUGCACAGAUUGUGUGCAUAUACAAGUACACUAUUGAUCAAUAAAGCAGACAUCCAUGUGGGCGGGGCUGUCUGCUCUCUGUAUGUUUAGCAUUCCAUGCAUUUUGUCGGUAAGUCUGUGUGUUUCGUGGCAUUGUAACUUGAAAGUGUAUGUUUAGCAUUUCAUGCAUUUUGUCGGUAAGUCUGUGUGUUUCGUGGCAUUGUAACUUGGAAGUGUAUGUUUAGCAUUCUGUGCAUUUUGUCAGUGAGUCACCAUGAUCGUGGCAUCGUAACUUAGAAGUAUAUUGACUUCGUUUAGGCAGGUGCCCUCCAUUUUCUGAAUGUUAGUGUUAUAAAUACCCAGUAAUCUUUAUGAUGUCAUUCCCUAACCUUUCUGAUGUAUAAAGAUGCUCUAUUUAUGAAUGAUUUUUAUGUCUACAUGUGAUUUCUCAAUGGAAGGUACGGCCAAAGAAAUUGGGGUGUGUAUGUAUGUUGUAUGGUACCACCAGCGAAUCUUUUUUAUGUUAUUUUACGUGACUUCAUAUGGUCAUGCAUUUAUAUCUAUUUCAUAUUUAAACUAGACUUACAUAAACUCUCUUAUUUGUUAUUAUCUGUUACAGUAUGUUUUGUUUUUGUUUUUCUAAUGCGAAACAUUCCCAUUUUCAUUAAAGAAAUGCUUAAGAAUUCUAUUUUUUACCAAGUUCAAUUUCUGUAUAUUUUAAUGCAUUCUAGUCGGAUUGUCGUGUACUGUAUAUGUACAAUGUAGGUUUGUGGUCAUUUGAUAAUGCUCCAGCAAGUUAAAAAAAAAACGUCUUUCACAGUGGUACUUAUGUACAUGUAUUAUACCAUUUAAAUGGUAAAUUUGCAACUGUUAGGUGUUGAUUUUAAGAUGAAAAAAUAAGGAUAGCGUAUCAUUUUCCCCUUUAAAUAGCUACAGUUUUGCAGCUAAAUAUUCUGUAUUUACAUGAUAAAUGUAAUUCAAAAGUCAAAUGUUUAAAAUUAAAGGUAUUUGAUCUUUUAGGUCACCUGUUAAAGUAUUGCUAAUGGACAGUUCCGGUAACAUUUGUAUAUAUUGUAAACUUCUUGAUAAUUACCCUUCCACUUCUUUUCAAAUUUGGUAUGAAGCAUCUUAGGGACAAGGGGGAUAUACAUUGUAAAUUUCAGAACCCCUCCACCCACAGGGCCUUAGGGGUGGGGGAAAACUACCAAGAAUUUACCAAAACUGCUGAGUAUUAGAAUUUAGCUUAGACAUGCAGAACAGGAAAAUUAUUAUAAAUUUCGCAGCCCUCAGGGCUAGUGAUGCUUUGGUGACGGAAAAGGCCUAUUGGUCUCUUGUUACUUUUUCAUUGCAUAAUCUUAAUAAAUGAUUUUUUUUAUCCUUAGAUUUAGAACAGAUAUUCAAGAAAUAAUGCACUUUAUGAAUUUUCAGAAAUGAAAUUUAUUUCUUACAUUUACAAUCUACUUUCCUUUCUGUUGGAAUUCCCAACCAUUAAAAUAGUACGUACUAUACUUAUCAAUAUUCCUACGUGCAUCGUUUACAACUGCAAUGCAUUCAUAAAAAAAUGGCUAUCGUUACAAUUUAUAAAGAUAUCGAAGGCAAAACCACGGAAAUGUAAAUGUUUAUAUUUCGAUGUUGUAUUUCAUGAUGUUCAAUAUCACUGAAGUGAUCAAUGUUAAUUAUCUACACAUAGCUUUAAGUUUUGUCAAUUCUUUUUUAUGCUGUUGUAUUUAGUUCAGUUGCUUGAGGGUGUCUUGGUUUUACAUACAUUAUGAUGUUUAUUGUAAGAAUAUUGAUUUAUUUUGCUCAUUGAACUUCAGAAUGAUUGAGACAGCUUUUGUGAGAGACCUGCACAUGUGUUUGGUUGAAAAAUCUAGCCAAGUUUUUUUUAAUGAAACUCUCUAAGUAUGAAAAUUUCAGAUCUUCACAAUCCACAGAAUAUGCAGUUUGAAUUUUAUAAUUUUUUAUAAUUUUUAUAAUUUUGAUGUUGGUAUGCUCAUGGAUCAUUGAAUGAAUUCUUUCUGAAGUGUGUGAAAUUUUCAAAUAAACAGUAGAUCCAGUUUUGUUUAGUCUCACGAAAAUGUAUUUCUCACAGUAUUUUUGUUUAGUAAUUUUAGAAUAUCUGUAUGGUAGCAAUUACUCAUGACUUUUCCCUAAAACUUUUAUAUAUUGACAAAACCAGUUUUGCAAUAAUGGUUUAAAGAUUAUUAAUAUUAUGAUUUAAAUAUACAUUUUAUUUUUUUCGUUAAAAUAUAAUUUCAAAUUUCAUGAAAAUAACUUGGAAAAUGUAUGGACAUUUUGAAACACUAUUAAUGUUGUUGCUUUUUGAUAUUUUAUAGAAUUAAUUUGAAAGUGUAACGCUAUUUUGAUACUGACCCAUUUUUGUUGAACUGAAAGGACUUUUAAAGAUACUAGAUUUCCAAUAAAAAUGUUCUUUUUAUUUUGAAGAACAUCAUUUUAGUUAUCUCUACCUUAACCUGGAAUACUUUGAGAGGACUUUAGAGAACACAAUAUGCUGUUCAUGUACUUAUUUUAGCGCUAUUCAAAUUUUAACGAAUUUGGCGAUGAAGCAAGAGAGCUACUUUAUUAUUGUGAUGAAAUUCUCUAUCCAUUCUCAUAUACAGAAGAUGAAGAUAACUAACAGUGAUCAAUCUCUUAAUGCUAAAUCACGAUUACACUAAUAAUUCACCAGUUCCAACUGCGCCAAAUUUAAAAUACGCUAAAAUAAGUACACACGUACAGUACAUAUAUCCACGUGGAAGCUUAUUUGAAUGCCCCUUAUGAUUUGGUUGCAUUUCCACUUUUCGCUUUAUAAGUGGUUACUGGAUACUUAGACAGUAUGUUAAACUUUGUUACUUGGUUCUUCAAAUUGAAUAAAUAACCGGUUAUCUGUGUU